AUGGCUCUUUCAUUAUUUGUUGUGAUUAAUGUACUGUUUCAUUUUCUGCUACUUUCUCAUCAACUUGUUAAUUCUAUGCAGCCUUCUUGCCAUGAUGAGGAGAGAAAUGCUUUGAUACAAUUCAACAAAAGCUUUAAAUUAGAUUGUCGGAGUAGACCUGAUCCCUUUUUGACUGUAGUUGUCCAUCCAAAGACAUCGUCUUGGGGAUCGAAUAAUGGUACCAACUGCUGCUCGUGGGAUGGUGUUGACUGUGAUGUGGAGACUGGUCAUGUCAUUGGUCUUCACCUCGAUCGUUCAUGUCUCUACGGCUCUUUCCACUCCAACAACACUAUCUUUCAGCUUGUUCAUCUUCAGGAGCUUGAUCUUAGUUAUAAUAACUUCACUUUCUCUCCAAUUCCCACUGCCAUGGGCUUCUUUCCGGAGUUGAAAUUUCUUCGCUUGCGUUCUUCUUUCUUCCAAGGUCAGAUUCCAUCUCAACUUUCACUUUUGUCUAAGUUGUCUCAACUUGACCUGUCAUAUAACACUGGUGGUAACGAUCCAGCUGUAGUUGUGAAUCUUUUGAAACUUAAAAAUCCCAAUCUUGGAAGCCUAGUCCAAAACUUGACUGCUUUGGAUACUUUGUCUCUAAACUUUGUGGACAUGGGUUAUGAACUAGGUGAUUCCUUGGCAAAUUUGACUUCUUUGAAAAUUCUUGGUCUAGGAGGUUGUAGAUUGUAUGGGCCUAUUCCAUCUUCACUUGGUGAAUUAACCCAGCUUUCUUUUCUAAAUCUCAAAGAAAAUGAUUUCACUGGGUACAUCCCAUCUUUUGUUCAAAACCUCACCCUCCUUUUCUUCAUAAAUUUAAAUAACAAUCAAAUUUCAGGGCCACUCCCUUCUUGGUUUGGCAAUCUUACUGCAAUACAACACAUAUAUUUUUAUUCAAACAAAUUGAUUGGUUCAAUUCCGCCGUCCUUGUUCAAACUCAAUAAUCUUGAAGAUCUCGAACUCUCGCAUAAUAGUUUGAGUGGUACAUUGCAGUUGGAUUCAUUUCUUAAACUGAGAAAUCUCGCUGUCCUUGGUCUAAGCUACAAUAUGAUUUCGUUACAUAUUGAAGAACGAGAAAGAGAUCCUAACACCACACAUUCAAACUUCAAGUUUCUAUCGAUGGCCUCUUGCAACUUGAGCAAGUUUCCUGAAUUUAUUGGUAAUCAAACUAAUCUCGAACUGUUGGAGCUUUCCAGUAACAAUAUAUACGGCCAAUUUCCCCAAAAUCUAAUGAACUCAAGUCUUCAACUCUUGGAAGAGAUAGAUAUAGCCAACAACUUGAUAACAGGGUUUCAUAACCAUCAAACCAUUCUACCUUGGUCUAGUCUGCGUGUGUUAAAUAUCCAAUCUAACUUGUUGGAAGGACAACUGCCAGUUCUUCCAUCAUCUGUCAUACAUUUCGAUGCCUCUGACAAUAUUCUAAGUGGUGAAAUUCCCAAGUCGAUAUGCAAUUUGAGUUCAAUUUUGAUCCUUGAUUUGUCAAACAAUAACUUGAGUGGGGAGUUUCCUCGUUGUUCAGGCAGUAUGAUUAGUGGCUCUAUAAUAGCUUUGAAUUUGAGAAACAACUCUUUCCAUGGCACCAUUCCUCUUGAAUGUCAGCAGCAGGAAAGUGAUUUGAGGAUGGUGGAUUUCAGUCACAAUAAUUUUCAGGGAAAACUUCAACGACCAUUUGCAACAUGUGUGAAUCUUGAGUUUCUUGACUUUUCUUACAAUCAAAUCAGUGAUGUGUUCCCCACUUGGCUUGGGAGGUUUCCUAUGUUAAAAGUUGUUUUAAUGAGGGAGAACAAAUUUCAUGGAGUCAUAGGGAAACCUGAACACACUAAGGGUGAGUUUCCAAUGCUACAAAUUAUUGAUGUGUCUCACAAUUAUUUCACAGGGGCAUUGCCUUCUCAAUAUAUGCUCUUAUGGGAUGCUAUGAAAGCUUUUGAGGUAGCAACUUGA